AUGCCCGAAAAGGCACCCACCACCGUCCGUGACGCCGCGCCCCCACCCAGCAAGAAGCGAAAGCAAUCGCCGCCCACCACCACAGCCACCACAACCACCACCCCCUUCCCGCAACCCACCAUCCCAACACUCUUCAAAUCCGACAUCCACCCCACGCCCAAACGCCCCCGUUCCAAGACCAGCACCCCCGCCCCUCCCACCACCACCACCCCCACCACCAUAGUCACGCAAGCCACAAUGCUCAACUUCCCCAGCACCACCACCGCCGCCGCCACCAAGGCCAGCGCCGCACCAACAAUCAUAGACCUCACGGCCAGCCCGCCGCCCACGCCCACGCCGCGCCCGCCGCCGUUCCAGCCGCACGCCGGCGCGCGCAAGCUGCAGAUCAAGAACCUGCGCAAGCCGAACCGCGGCGACCCCGACGCCUACUUCAACACGACGUGGGGGGCACUUGACGCCGCGCUGGGGUCGAUCUUUGGCGGCGUGAAGAUCGCGGCGAGCCUGGAGGAGCUGUAUCGUGGCGUGGAGAACAUAUGCCGUGCGGAGAGGGGCCAGCAGCUGGCGGAGAGGCUGAGGAGACGCAUGGAUGGGUAUGUGGGUGGGAGGCUGAAGGGGGAUGUGGGGGUCGGGGGAGAGGUGGUGAAGGAGGUGGAGAAGGCGUGGAGGAAGUGGAAUGAGCAGUUGGGGAUGAUUCGGUCGAUAUUCCUGUACCUGGACCGGUCGUAUCUGCUCCCCUCGGCCAAGGAGAAGCCCAUUGAGGCCAUCGGCCUCGACAUCUUCCGCAAGCACAUCGCCACCGACGCCACCCUCGAGCCGCUCUUCCUCCGCGGCAUCUUCGCCCUCAUCGACACCGACCGCCGCACCGACGGCGCCGCCCAACCCCACAACACCCCGCUCCUCCUCUCCUGCGUCCGCAUGAUCUCCAACCUGGGCAUGUACAACCACGCCUUCGAGCCGCAAUUCAUCACCUUCUCGCGCACGUACUUCUCGCAGCUCGCGGCCGCCGAGUCGGCCAGCCAGUCCCUCGGCACCUACCUGCACACCACGUCCGCGCAGCUCGACCGCGAGACCGCCCGCUGCGACCGCUUCGCGCUCGAGCAGUCGACGAAGCGCGACCUCAUCGCCGUCAUCGAGGACGAGAUGGUGCGCAAGCGCCUCGCCAUCCUGACCGACAAGAGCGCCGUCGGCGAGCUGCUCACGGCGCGCCAGCAGCACUCCCUGGCCCUCCUGUACACGCUGCUGUCGCGCGUCGGGUCCGCGGGCGACGCGCUGCGCCCCGCGUGGGAGGCGCACAUCACCGCCACCGGCACGGCGAUCGUGCAGGACGACGAGCGCACGGAGGAGAUGGUGCCGCGGCUGCUGCAGUUCAAGCACGCGCUCGACCAGCUGCAGGCGCACAGCUUCCACAAGUGCGAGACGCUCAGCUACGCGCUGCGCGAGUCGUUCGCAAAGUUCAUCAACGCGCGGCGGCCCGGCGCCUCCACGGCCGCAAACAGCAAGCCCGCCGAGAUGAUCGCGAAGUUCGUCGACCUGCUGCUGCGCACGGGGACCAAGGGGCUGCCGGCCACGACGUCGCCGGAGAUGUGUGCGCUCGCCGCGCACGCCGGCGACGACGACGCGCAGCUCGCGUUCAUGCUCGAGUGGGUGCUGGACCUGUUCCGCUUCAUCCAGGGCAAGGACGUGUUCGAGGCCUUCUACAAGAAGGACCUUGCGCGGCGCCUGCUGAUGGGCCGCAGCGCCAGCGCCGAUGCCGAGCGCAUGAUGAUCACGAAGCUCAAGACCGAGUGCGGCGCGGGCUUCACGCACAACCUCGAGGGCAUGUUCAAGGACGUCGACCUCUCGCGCGAGGCCGUCGCCUCGUUCAAGUCCCGCGGCAGCAGCGCGGCGCACGACGUCGACCUCUACGUCAACAUCCUCAGCCAGGCGGCCUGGCCAUCGUACCCCGAGGUGCCCAUCAGCAUCCCGAACGACAUCGCGGCGUACACCAAGGCCUUCGAGGCCUUCUACGUCAGCAAGCACUCGGGGCGCAAGCUCGUGUGGCGCCACAACCUCUCCCACUGCGUCCUCAAGGCCGCCUUCCCGAAGGGCAACAAGGAGCUCGUGCUCUCGGCCUUCCAGGCCGUCGUGCUCCUGCUGUUCAACGACGUGCCGGCCGGCACGCCGCUGUCGUUCGCGGACCUGCUGGAGGCGACGGGGCUGCCGAGUGACCAGCUGGCGCGCACGCUGCAGUCGCUGGCGUGCGCGAAGCACCGUGUUCUCGCGAAGAGCCCGCGCGGCCGCGAUGUCGGGCCGGCGGAUCGGUUUGUGGUCAAUACGGCGUUCAGUGAUGGGAAGUUUCGCGUCAAGAUUAACCAGAUCCAGCUCAAGGAGACGAAGGAGGAGAACCGCGAGACGCAUGAGGGCGUGGCGAGGGAUCGGCAGUAUGAGACGCAGGCGGCGGUGAUACGCAUCAUGAAGGGGAGGAAGAAGGUGAGGCAUUCGGAGCUUGUGGGGAUGGUCAUUGAGCAGACGAAGAAUAGGGGCGUGUUGGAGGUGGCCGAUAUCAAGCGGAAUAUUGAGAGGUUGAUUGAUAAAGAGUACAUGGAGCGCGUGGAAGAUAACGUCUAUGUCUACGUCGCAUAG